UACAUUUAACAUUUAUUGAUUCAUUACAUUUUCAUCAAAACAAAAUUGAUAAACUGUAAACAGUCAACAUAUCAUUUUGAAUAUUUGUAACUAUCCUUUGUGAAACAUUCCAUCUUAGGAUAUAGGAUAUUGUAAAUAGUUGUUCAAACUUACAAAUAAAUCAUGGAUUGUACAUCACCCCCAGUGGUGGACUAUGGUUAUGUAUCGUACGAAUCUCUUGGCGGUGGACCCACCUGGACAGACGGUACUGAUAUCACUUACAAAUGUUUCAAGUGGUUUGGUUUGGUGGGAUCUAGCAAACUUACAUGUAGUUCUGGUACCUGGUCCGGAACAAUGCCACAGUGCGAAUGGAACAACAACACAGAAAUUGUGUUUUGGUGUCUGAUAGCUGUGGUUGUGUUGCUCUUAUUACUUCUGAUGGCACUACUCAUAUUUGUUUGCUGUUACUUCGGCAGAUGUUGCGGACAUGGAAAAGGGAAGAAAGGAUUACUUGGUGAUGGUUAACGGAAUGGAUAAAACGACAAUUUUGAAGUUCAUGACUCGUUUUGUAUAUGAGCCGCGCCAUGUGAAAACCAACAUAGUGCGUUUGCGACCAGCAUGGAUCCAGACCAGCCUGCGUAUCCUCGCAGUCUGGUCAGGAUCCAUGCCGUUCGCUUUAAAGCAUAUUGCAAUUAAAGAAACCGUUAGCGAAAAGCAUGGCUCCCGACCAGACUGCGCGGAUGCGAAGGCUGGUCUGGAUCCAUUCUUGUCGCAAACGCACUAUGUUGGUUUUCUCAUGUUGCGGCUAAUAAUACUUAAAGCCAUUCUUUAGUGAUACUUCUCUUCCGUCAAACUAUCGAUGUAUUUACCUAGGAUAGAAUUUUUUCAGCAACGGCAUAUGUUUAUGGUUUAGGUCCAUGUUUACAUAUAUGAAAAUGAACAGAAAUAAAUCAUGAAAAUAAAUUGUUGUUUUAUGUGAAAAUUGAACGGCAAAUAAAACAUGUCUAUAUGCUACUAAUGAAUUGCCAUUAUUGUUAACAUGCCUCAGAAGCAGGAAAUCCGCCGAAUAGGUCAAAGUUUAUAUAAUGCUGUACCUUGGUCUUUAGUAUUGUAAAACGUGAAUAUAUGUAUGUAUUUGCAAUGAUGUCUAAAUUCUAAAAUCAAAAUAAUACGUUUUUCGUUGAUUAAAUCAAUUUCAGUUCGUUA